AGAAGAUCCUAGAACUUACCACCAGGAUCACUGAGCUGCUGAGCGGAGAGGUUCCUAUAAGGUGUCAGGAUGUCGCUGUCUAUUUCUCCAUGGAGGAGUGGGCGUAUUUAGAAGAACACAAGGGUCUGUAUCUGGACAUGAUGGAGACUCACCAGUCCCUAACAUCACCAGAUGGGACCAGUCAGAGGAAUCCCCCAGAGAGAUGUUUCAGAUCGCAGGAUUGUCCAGAAGAAAAGCAGAAUGUCCCACUGGAUCAUCAGGAAAGUUCUGAUAGAACGACGAGUGGACUCAAUAAACCCGGAUCAGUGUCGGUGAUUGGUGAAGAUGGGUUUAGAGUAUAUCAUAAGCAUCUAUCUUUGUAUCAUGAAGAUAAUACCACACAAGAUGAUUCAAAACCUCCUAAUGUACCUUCAGUCCUUCACAGUGGAGAUCUAUCCACCAAUACUGCUGGUCACAAGAAACCUUCAUCUAAUCAAUCACUGACUGGCCGAACAAGAACUAAACAGAAGUGUGGAAAAAUAUUUCCACGUGAGAAAAGUUUUAAAAAGAAAUCUAACAUUUUUUUACAUGAGAAAAAUUGCAGAGACAAAAGGUCAUUUUCAUGCUCAGAAUGUGGAAAAUCUUUUACCAUGAAAUUAAUUUUAGUUGCACAUCAGAGAAGUCACACAAGGAAGAAGCCAUUUUCAUGUCUUGAAUGUGGGAAGUGUUUUAGUCAGAAAUCAGGUUUUGUUAUACAUCUGAGAACUCACACAGGGGAGAAGCCAUUUAUGUGCCCUGAAUGUGGUAAGUAUUUUGGGGUGAAAUCCUUGCUUAUAGACCAUCAAAGAAGUCACACAGGGGAGAAGCCAUUUUUAUGCUCAGAAUGUGGGAAAUCUUUUAGUCAGAAAUCAAAUCUUGCUACACAUCAGAGAACUCACACAGGGGAGAAGCCAUUUAUGUGUCCUGAAUGUGGGAAGUGUUUUGGUGUGAAAUCAAUGCUUAUAAAACAUGUAAGAACUCACACAGGGGAGAAGCCAUUUUCUUGUUCAGAAUGUGGGAAAUCUUUUCGUCAGAAAUCACAUCUUGUGAAACAUCUAAGAAUCCACUUAGGAAAAAAGCUACAUUCAUGUCUUGAAUGUGGAAGGUGUUUUAGUCAUAAAUCAAAUCUUAUUGGACAUCAGAGAACUCACACAGGGGAGAAGCCAUUCUCAUGUCUUGAAUGUGGGAAAUGUUUUAGUCUAAAAUCACAUCUUGUUACACAUCAGAAGACUCACACAGAAGAGAAACCAUUUUUAUGCUCGGAAUGUGGGAAGUGUUUUAGUCUGAAAUCAGGUUUUGUCAGACAUCAGAAAACUCACACAGAAGAGAAGCCAUUUUCAUGUUCAGAAUGUGGGAAAAUUUUUCGUCUGAAAUCACAUCUUGUUACACAUCAGAAAGUUCACGCAGUAGAGAAGCCAUUUUCAUGUCUUGAUUGUGGAAAGUGUUUUCGUCUGAAAUCGCAUCUUGUUACACAUCAGAGAACUCACACAGGGGAGAAGCCAUAUUCAUGCUCAGAAUGUGGGAAGUGUUUUAGUCUAAAAUCACGUCUUGUUAGACAUCAGAGAGCUCAUGCAGGGGAGAAGCCAUUUAUGUGUCCUGAAUGUGGGAAGUGUUUUGGUGUGAAAUCAACUCUUAAAGCACACAUCAGAAGUCACACAGGGGAGAAGCCAUAUUCAUGCUCAGAAUGUGGUAAAAGUUUCAGUAUGAAAUCACAUCUUGUUUCACAUCAGCGAACUCACACAGGGGAGAAGCCAUUUAUGUGUUCAGAAUGUGGGAAGUUUUUUGGUAUGAAGUCAUUGCUUAUAAAACAUCUCAGAGUUCAUACCGGGGAGAAGCCAUUUUCAUGUUCAGAAUGUGGGAAAUCUUUUAGUCAGAAAUCAAGUCUUGGUAAACAUCAGAAAACUCACUCACAGGGAAAGCAAUUGUAAUGCUCAGGUUGUAGGACAUGUGAGAGAAGUAGAGCUUCAUUGUGGGACCUGCUGCCUUAUUAUGCCUUGUGAUGUAUGACUUAAAAGGGUUGUUCGGCAGUGGCGGACUGGCCAUAGAUCUUACAGGGAAAAUUCCCGGUGGGCCGAUGUCCAGGGGGGCGUCUGAGUCCUCCUGCAGGCUGGGUACAUUAUGAUCUGAUGCUCUCAGCAUUUAUUAAUAGUAGGAGCAUCAGGUACUUAUGCACCUGACCAACAGCUGCAACUGCCCUCCUGAACUGAACUGUAUCACUGUCCUCAGGACAGGGAUAGAAUUGAGUACUGUGGCAUGGGCGGUCGUUUUCUGUGCAGCACUGUGGUAUUUAGCUCUGCUGGGGUGGUAUUUUGUGAUGUACUACAGUAUUGUAGGCCCUGUCUACUUCUUUUGUCAGUUCCUACUUGUGUUGCCUUGCCUUCUGUCAAUUUGAACCAGCAUACAACAUGGGGACACUUUUAGUUUUUUUUUUUUUCGGGGCCACUUUAAGUUCCCAGUCUGCCCAUGUUGUCCAUUUUUCCAUAUUGAUGACCUUUCCCAAGGACAGGUCAUCAAUAUCAGAUCGACGAGGGUCUGACUCCCAGAAACCUCAACGAUUAGCUGUUUGUAGAGACUUGCUUUUGUGCGAACACUCAGGUUUCUUCACUGUUUACCUGCAUGCCAACAACACUGCAGUGGCCGUGCAGUCUAGUUAGCGCUAAUCUGUUCCUUUCACUUGAAUGGGGGGGAAGGGGGGUGCAGUUGUAGUUACGUUAAAUGACAGCUACAGUGUCAUUGCCUUGCUUGUAAACAGUGAAGGGACCGCAGUACUCAUUUGAGCAUUGCGAUCUCGUCAAACAACUGAUCACCGGGGGUUCCUUGAGUCAGACCACCACCGAUUUGAUAUUGAUGACCUAUCCCGAGGAAGUCAUCAAAAUGGGAAAUCAAACAACCCCUUGAGGAUACAGUACAGACAGGAGUACUCAGAAGACCUGCACUAAACUAUUGAGAUAUUGGGAUUUCAUGGGCACUGGCAUUGUGCCUGCAAGUGCAGGACCACAGCUCUACUACACAGGUGUCCCAUUUGACUUCAUUCACAUAUAAUGGAAAUAAUAAAGCAAAGAUGUCAUCUUACAGGUCAAAACUUAAGAACAUAUUGCUUUAGGUUGUGGUCAAUGUCCCAUCAGUAUAAUUGACCACAACCUAAAGCAAUAGGGUUUUAUUAACUUAAAAAAUGCGUCUUCCACAUCAUAAUAAACCCUUUCCUAGCAAGGACAUAACGCACUCUUAAUAGAGAUGUCAGGAUCUCAGCCUGUGAAGCAGCUAUUGUGCAAGGCAUCUUGUUUUAAAGCUAACAUUCCUAGCUUAGAAACAAGGCCAAGUUGCUAGCCACCAUACAUCUCAACCCUGUUACAAAUGGUUACCAGUGAAAACUGCAUAUCCGUGCAGGCCUCAUUCCCAGCCCAAUUUCUAAGGACUAUAUCUCUCUUGAUGUGGAACAGUUAGCGAUCCUGGUCUGGAUUUAAAGAUUAGAUUGAUAAAUUUUAAACAAGACUUGGCUGACAUCUCUAGCUGCUACACAGCUUGAGAUAUUCCAAAAUAAUGCAGUUCUCCCCAUCUUCAGCCGAAUGUGAUGUCAGCCAACAUGGAGGAGGAGAUGGGGAACAUGCUGACAGACUGCAGAAGGAAAGACAUUGAUACUCUUUCCUUGUGUAACUGUACAUGACUAUAGAGCGAGGGUAACAUGGACUUAUAUGCAUGUUAUCAACCCACUUUCCCCAUCAAUCAGAAAGCAUACUCCAGACGUUUAACAGCAUCGGGAUCACAGUGCCAAAUUAGUUGCACCAAACACACAAAUAACAAUAAAAUUUCAUAUUUACACUUUCCCUAUGCUGUCUAUACCCAAUCUGUACAGUACAAUAUACAGAUAAUUUCUUUAGUGAUACCCACUCUAUUCUACAGUAAUAACAAUAACGAUUAUCACUAGGGAGGAAUAUCUAAUAUAUGUCUAAUAGAUGGAAAUUAUCAUCAGUCAGAAAAGACAUUUUAACUCACUGUUGCUGUAAAUGAUCUUUUUAGUUAGUGUACCUACGGUAGUUAAAAAAAUCAUCAUGCAGCUUCUGGUAUCAAGAGUAUCUUUCCAGUUCUUCUGAUUUUAUGAAGAUAUGUGCAUGUAAAUUUAGGCCUAAGUUGUAUCUAUGAACUCUGCAUAUGUGGAACUUUAAUUUUUAGGAGGUGUAGUGCAUAUACCUUUCUGCUUGUAUGACACCUUUUCUCACCAGUAUCAACUUUGAUACAAUUUGUAUGAAAAUUAUGCAAAGUUUUAUAAAAGUGUCUGUGUGUAUAAUGUGCCAAGUGUGCUGGAUGUCUACUUUCAGAAAAAACACAAGUAUUCACAAUUGAAUGGUAUUUACCUCUGCGAUGAUCUCUUUGCAUGUUAUAAUAAUUGUAUAAUAUAUUAGGAGAGAUCUUUCCAUAUUGUUACAUCAUAUUUCUAAGUUUUUAUGCAUAAUGCAUGUCUUGUGGUCAAAUUUCCUAAAGAAAAUAUAAAAAAUAAAUGUCCUUA